AUGGAUCCAAUUACCAUUGCUGCCGUAGGAUGGAGCGUGGCCAUGGUUGGUUGGGUCGCCUCGGCCACCAUCUCCAAGCUCCUCGCCAAAGGCUUCGAUUACCUCGAAUAUGACACAGCAAAGAAGCUGGCACAACUUGAGCCAAAAAUCUUGGUGCUGGAACGGGUCAUGGAAGUUGUCGAGACGAGCCCAUACAGGCCUCGUCUAGAGCACCUGUUCAAGCGGCUUAAAUAUGCUUUCUAUGAAGCCGAAGAAAUCUUGGAUGCUGUCGAGUGUCACUGUCUAGAGAAGCAGAUCAAAACUGGAAAACUACAGCCGGGCGGUGGCUCGUCUCUACCUAAAAAGGAUCGUCUGAAGAAGAAGGAGAGUCGUAUGUCAAAUAAGAAGUUGGUAAAGAGCCUAAAGAAGAUAGAAAACAUUAUAAAUGAAGCACACCAGAUUUUGGAGAAGCUUAACUUGUCAAGCAUAAGUGAUGGCAAUAUAAGACACAAAAUGGUUGUCAAUCCUACGACUACCGCAGUUUCCCCGCAAAAAGUUUUUGGUCGAGAUAAUGAUCGUGACAAGAUCAUAGCAAUGCUUCAUGAAAAGGAAGGUGGUCUUGAUCCAAGCACUAGCAAAGGUCUAUGUUUUUCUGUAAUUGGCAUACAUGGAGUCAGCGGGUCUGGGAAAUCUACCCUUGCACAGUUUGUUUAUGCCCACGAGAAAAAUGACAAGCAAGACAACAAGGAAGACCAUUUCGACCUUGUUAUGUGGGUUCAUGUCUCUCAGGAUUUUAGUGUGUGGGGCAUCUUCAAGGAGUUGUAUGAGGCAGCUUCAGAUCCUAAGGUUCCAUGCCCUCAAUUUCAUAACUUGAAUGCCUUGGAAGAAGAACUGGAGAGGAAGCUAGAUGGAAAGCGAUUCCUUCUGGUACUGGAUGAUGUCUGGUGCAAUGCGGAUGUUGGUAACCAGGAGCUACCAAAGUUACUUUCUCCACUUAAGAAAGGAAAGAAAGAAAGCAAGAUCCUAGUGACAACUCGAAGUAAAUAUGCACUACCGGAUCUAUGUCCUGGUGUGAGAUAUACUGCCAUGCCGAUAACUGAGGUUGAUGAUACCGCCUUCUUUGAGCUGUUCAUGCAUUAUGCCCUCGAAGAUGGCCAAGAUCAAAGCAUGUUCCAGAACAUUGGGGUUGAGAUUGCAAAAAAGCUGAAGGGGUCACCUCUAGCAGCUAGAACAGUGGGUGGAAAUUUACGUCGACAGCAAGAUGUUGACCAUUGGAGAAGAGUCGGAGAUCAAGACCUUUUCAAGGUAUGGACGGGACCUCUGUGGUGGAGCUACUAUCAGCUAGGUGAGCAGGCUAGGCGUUGCUUUGCUUACUGCAGUAUUUUUCCUAGGAGACAUCGCUUGUACCGUGAUGAAUUAGUUAGACUCUGGAUGGCAGAAGGGUUCAUAAGAAACACAGAUGAAGGGGCUGAUGCUGAAGAUGUUGGUCGGGGAAUAUUUAAUGAACUAUUGUCGAUAUCAUUUCUUCAACCAGGAGGCAAGGACUGGUACAAUCAUGGCAAGGAAUACUAUUUAGUUCAUGAUUUACUGCAUGAUUUAGCAGGGGCAGUAGCUGGAAGUGACUGCUUCAGAAUUGACAAUAACAUGAUCCAGAAAGGAGAAAGGUGGGCAAGAGAUGUUCCCAGAGACGUUCGUCAUCUUUUUGUUCAGAGUUAUGAUGCAGCAUUGAUUACAGGGAAGAUUCUUUUAUUGGAAAAUUUACACACACUCAUCAUUUAUAGUGUUGGAGGGGAUACACCAGUUGAGGAAAUAGUCAUCAAGAACAUACUCAAGAGUCUGCCGAAACUGCGGGUACUAGCAAUAGCUUUAUGUCUGGAAAAGGAUGGAUUUAUUUGUAGACCAAAUAUAUUGUCUGCUCCAGAAUCUAUUAGCCAAUUAAAACAUCUACGAUAUCUUGCUUUCCGGACAGAUAUUGGAUGCAGAGUAAUUUUACCAAGCAGUCUAAACCAGCUUUACCAGAUGCAGCUGCUAGAUUUUGGUGUCUGCAUGAAUUUGGUAUUUUCCUGUGGUGAUCUUAUCAACUUGCGGCAUGUAUUCAGCGGUCCUGGAUUGCAAUUUUCAAACAUCGGUAGGCUUGUCUCACUCCAAACAAUCCCAGCAUUCAAAGUAAGUCAUGAACAAGGACAUGAGGCAAAGCAGUUGAGGUACCUAAACAGGCUCAGCGGCGAACUGAGUAUAUAUGGUCUCCAAAGUGUUGAAAGCAGAGAGGAAGCUCUUGCAUUCGAUCUAGCUGCCAAGAAACGGCUCACAGAACUAACACUAUCACUCGGUGGAAGUUCAAAAGUUGCGGCAGAGGUACUUGAGGGCCUUUGUCCUCCCGUGGGGCUUGUAACACUCGACAUCCGUGACUACGAUGGUUUGGUAUACCCAAAGUGGAUGGUGGGUAGGCAAAAUGGCGGACCAGAGAAGCUGCAACAACUUGGUCUCUCUGGAUGGAGCCAGCCAGGGCCUGCUCCUGCACUGAAGGCUUUCAAUCAUCUUCGUUGCCUCAAUCUGAUGCACUGCAGCUGGAACGCCUUGCCAUGCAAUAUGGAGCACCUCAGCUCUCUGGAAACAGUAAUCAUUAUUAAAUGUUUGAAUAUCCGGUCGCUUCCAACGCUGCCACAGUCUCUUACGUAUUUUUGGCUCCUGAAGUGCGACGAUGGGUUUAUGGAGUCUUGUCAAACAGUUGGACAUCCAAACUGGAAAAAGAUUCAACAUAUCUGCAGGAAAUAUUUUAGUGAAUGA